AUGAGGCUGCCGCUCCUGGUGGCCGCGCUCUACGCUGGGAUCUUGGCGCCAGUGCUGGCACAGCUCAGGGAGAGAGUGACCUGCACGCGACUUUAUGCCGCUGACAUCGUGUUCCUUCUGGACGGCUCCUCAUCCAUUGGCCGCAGCAACUUCCGCGAAAUACGAGGCUUCCUGGAGGGACUGGUGCUGCCUUUUUCUGGGGCAGCCAGUGCACAGGGUGUGCGCUUUGCUGCAGUGCAGUACAGUGAUGACCCACGGACAGAGUUUAGCCUAGAUGCACUCAGCUCUGGUGGUGAUGCAAUCCGUGCCAUCCGUGAACUCAGCUACAAGGGGGGCAAUACUCGCACUGGGGCUGCACUUCUCCAUGUGUCUGAUCAUGUCUUCCUGCCCCAUCUGCUCCGACCUGGCAUCCCCAAGGUUUGUAUCCUGAUCACAGAUGGAAAGUCCCAGGACCUGGUGGAUACAGCUGCUGAGAGGCUGAAGGGGCAGGGGGUCAAGCUGUUCGCUGUGGGAAUUAAGAAUGCUGAUCCUGAGGAGUUGAAACGAGUUGCUUCCCAGCCGACCAGUGAUUUCUUCUUCUUCGUCAACGACUUCAGCAUCUUGAGGACACUGCUACCCCUCAUUUCCCGGAGAGUGUGCACAACUGCUGGUGGUGUGCCUGUAACGCUGCCUCCUGACUCCACAUCUGGUCCUCGGGACCUGGUGUUGUCUGAGCCAAGCAGUCAAUCCUUGAGAGUACAGUGGACAGCAGCUAGUGGCCCUGUGACUGGCUAUAAGAUCCAGUACACCCCCCUGACAGGGCUAGGACAACCACUGCCAAGCGAACGGCGGGAGGUGAACGUCCCAGCUGGUGAGACCAGCAUGCAGCUGCAGGGUCUCAGGCCACUGACUGAGUACCAAGUGAUGGUGGUUGCCCUCUACGCCAAUAGCAUCGGGGAAGCUGUGAGCGGGACAGCUCGGACCACUGCUGUGGAAGGGCUAGAAUUGACCAUCCAGAACACAACAGCCCACAGCCUCCUGGUGGUCUGGCGGAGGGUGCCAGGUGCCACUGGCUACCGUGUGACAUGGCGGGUCCUCAGGGGUGGCCCAACACAGCAGCAGGAGCUGAGCCCUGGACAGGGGUCAUUGUUGCUGCAUGACCUGGAGCCUGGCAUGGACUAUGAGGUGACUGUGAGCACACUACUUGGCCAUAGCGUGGGGCCUGCUACUUCCCUGACUGCCCGCACUGACUCCUCUGUUGAGCAGACCCUGCACCCUGUCAUCUUGGGCCCCACAUCCAUCCUCGUUUCCUGGAACUUGGUGCCUGAGGCCCGUGGCUACCGGCUGGAGUGGCGUCGUGAGAGUGGCUUGGAGCCACCACAGAAGGUGGUGCUGCCCUCUGACGUGACCCGCUAUCAGCUGGAUGGACUGCAGCCAGGCACUGAGUAUCGUCUCACACUCUACACUCUACUGGAGGGCCACGAGGUGGCCACUCCUGCAACUGUGGUCCCCACUGGACCAGAGCGGCCCGUGGGCCCUGUGAUGGACCUACAAGCGACCGAACUGCCUGGGCAGCGGGUGCGAGUGACCUGGAGCCCAGUCCCCAGUGCCACUGAAUACCGCAUCACUGUGCGCAGUACCCAGGGAGUUGAGCGGACCCUGGUGCUUCCUGGGAGUCAGACAGCCUUUGACUUAGAUGACAUUCGGGCUGGGCUUAGUUACACUGUGCGGAUAUCUGCUCGAGUGGGCACCCAGGAGGGUGGUGCCAGCGUCCUCACUAUCCGCCGAGAGCCAGAAACCCCACCUGCUGUCUCAGGACUGCAGGUUGUGGCAUCAGAUGCAACAAGAGUAAGGGUAGCCUGGGAACCUGUUCCUGGAGCCAGUGGAAUUCGGAUUAGCUGGAGGACAGGCAAUGGUCCAGAGUCCAGCCAGACUUUGCCCCCAGAUUCUACUGCCACAGACAUUCUGGGGCUGCAGCCUGGAACCUCCUACCGGGUGUCUGUGUCGGCACUUCAAGGGAGAGAAGAAGGCCCUCCUGUGGUCAUCGUGGCUAGAACUGACCCACUAGGUCCAGUGAGGACAGUCCAUGUGACUCAGGCUGGCAGCUCAUCUGUCACCAUUGCCUGGAGCAGGGUUCCGGGUGCCACAGGAUACAGGGUUUCCUGGCAUUCUGGCCAAGGCCCAGAGAAAUCCCAGCUGACUUCUGGGGAGGCCACGGUGGCUGAGCUGGAUGGACUGGAACCAGAUACCGAGUAUACAGUGCAUGUGAGAGCCCACGUAGCUGGCGUGGAUGGAGCCCCUGCCUCUGUGGUUGUGAGGACUGUCCCAGAGCCUGUGGGCAGUGUGUCAAAACUGCAGAUCCUCAAUGCUUCCAGCGACGUUCUGAGGGUCACCUGGGUAGGGGUCACUGGAGCCACAGCCUACAGACUGUCUUGGAGCCGAAGUGAAGGUGGUCCCACAAGACACCAGAUGCUCCCAGGGAACACAGAUUCAGCAGAGAUACCGGGUCUCGAAGGCGGCGUCAGCUACUCCGUGCGAGUGACUGCACUUGUUGGGGACCGAGAGGGCUCACCUGUCUCCAUUGUCGUCACCACGCCUCGCGAGGCUCCAAUUGCCCUGGAGACUCUUCACGUCGUGCAGCGUGGGGAGCACUCGUUGAGGCUUCGCUGGGAGCGGGUACCUGGAGCACAUGGCUACCGUUUGCGUUGGCGAGCUGAGGGUGGCCAGGAGCAAUCCCGAGUCCUGGGACCUGAGUUCAGCAGCUACCACUUGGACGGACUGGAGCCAGCAACACUGUACCAUGUGUGGCUGAGUGCCCUGGGGCCAGCUGGAGAAGGGCCCCCCAGGGAGGUGACUGCACAUACUGAAUCGCCUCAUGUCCCGAGCACUGAACUACGUGUGGUGGACACCUCCAUAAACUCAGUGACACUAGCCUGGAACCCAGUGCCAGGGGCAUCCAGCUACAUCUUAUCUUGGCGGCCACUCAGAGGAACUGGCCAGGAAGUGCCUGAGGCUCCACAGACACUUCCAGGGAUCUCAAACUCCCAGAGGGUGACAGGCCUAGAGCCUGGUGUUUCCUAUAUCUUCACCCUGACACCUGUUCAGAGGGGAGUACGGGGUCCUGAGGCCUCUGUCACACAGAACCCAGCAUGUCUCCAUGGCCUGGUGGACGUGGUGUUCUUGCUGCAUACCACUCGAGACAAUGCUCACCGUGCAGAAUCUGUGAAGCGGAUCCUGGGGCGGCUGGUGUCUGCACUUGGGCCUCUUGGGCCACAGGCUGCCCAGGUUGGCCUGCUGUCCUACAGUUACCGGCCCUCCCCACUGUUCACCCUGAAUAGUUCCCAUGAUCUUGGCAUCAUCUUGCAGAAGAUCCGUGAUAUCCCCUAUAUGGACCCAAGUGGAAACAACUUGGGCACAGCUGUAGUCACAGCUCACAGAUAUCUGCUGGCGCCUGACGCUCCUGGGCGCCGUCAGCAAGUGCCAGGGGUGAUGGUUCUGCUAGUGGAUGAGCCAGUGAGAGGUGACACAUUCAGCCCUAUUCGUGAGGCCCAGGCUUCUGGGCUCAAGAUGAUGAUGUUGGGCUUGGCGGGAGCUGACCCAGAGCAGCUGCGUCGCUUGGUGUCAGGCAUGGACCCUGUCCAGAACUUCUUUGCUGUGGAUGAUGGUCCAAGCCUGGAUCGGGCAGUCAGUGAUCUGGCAGUAGCCCUGUGUCAGGCAGCCAUGGCUACUCAGCCACAGCCAGAGCCUUGCUCCGUGCAUUGUCCAAAGGGCCAGAAGGGAGAACCUGGAGUAAUGGGCCUGAAGGGACAAGCUGGGUCUCCUGGCCCCCCCGGCCUCCCAGGCAGGACUGGUGCUCCUGGUCCUCAAGGUCCCCCUGGAAGAACUGCUGCAAAAGGCGAAAGAGGUUUUCCUGGAGCAGAAGGGCCUCCAGGCAGCCCUGGCCUUCCUGGGACUCCUGGGACCCCUGGGACGCCUGGUGUGAAGGGCUCCCCAGGGUGGAAUGGUCCUCGUGGGGAACCUGGAGAGCGAGGACCUCGAGGCCCAAAGGGAGAGCCGGGGGAGCCUGGGCAAGUCAUAGGAGGCGAGGGAUCAGUGAUUCCUGGGAGGAAAGGGGACCCUGGACCUUCGGGUCCCCCUGGACCUCGUGGCCCUUUAGGGGACCCGGGACCUCGUGGUCCCCCAGGGCUUCCUGGAACAGCCAUGAAGGGUGACAAAGGUGAUCGUGGGGAACGGGGUCCCCCUGGACCAGGUAUUGGUGGCACUGCACAGGGGGAGCCGGGGCUGCCGGGCAUUCCUGGAAGUCCUGGACCCCAAGGCCCAGUUGGCACCUCUGGAGAGAAAGGAGAGAAGGGUGAUUGUGAGGUUGGAGUCCCAGGCCUCCCAGGACAACCUGGGACCCCGGGUGAGCCGGGCCUGAGGGGACUUCCUGGAGCUACUGGCCUCAAAGGUGACCGAGGGCUGACAGGGACACCGGGUGAGACUGGAGAAAAAGGCGAACGGGGACUCCCUGGCUCAGUGGGACCUCAGGGGCCACCUGGGGUUGCUGGACGUCCUGGAGCUGAGGGUCCUGAGGGGCCACCAGGACCCGCUGGUCGCCGAGGAGAGAAGGGAGAGCCUGGUCGCCCUGGGGACCCUGCAGUGGUGGGUCCUAAUGGUGCUGGAGCCAAAGGAGAAAAGGGAGAUGUGGGUCCCGCUGGGCCCAGAGGAGCUGCUGGGAUCAAAGGGGAACAGGGCCUACCUGGGUUGGUUCUUCCUGGAGACCCUGGCCCCAAGGGAGACCCUGGAGACCAGGGUCCCAUUGGCCUCACUGGCAGAGCAGGACCCCCGGGUAACUCAGGAACUCCUGGAGAGAAGGGAGAUGCUGGGCGACCUGGCCCUCCAGGACCUGUUGGCCCCCGAGGACGAGAUGGUGAAGCUGGUGAGAAAGGUGACGAGGGUCCCCCGGGUGACCCAGGUUUGCCUGGAAAAGCAGGAGAGCGUGGCCUUCGGGGGGCGCCUGGAGCCCGGGGACCUGUAGGUGAAAAGGGAGACCAGGGCGAUCCUGGAGAGGAUGGACGAAAUGGCAGCCCAGGACCAUCAGGACCCAAGGGUGACCGUGGGGAUCCGGGCCCUCCAGGUCCCCCUGGACGACUGGUAGAUGCAGGACUUGGAGCCAGAGAAAAGGGAGAGCCUGGGGACCGUGGACAGGAAGGUCCUCGAGGACCCAAGGGUGACCCCGGCCCCCCUGGAGCCUCUGGGGAGAGAGGCAUUGAUGGGCUGCGGGGGCCACCAGGACCACAGGGAGACCCAGGUGUCCGAGGCGCAGUAGGAGAAAAGGGUGACCGGGGCCCCCCUGGGCUGGAUGGCCGGAGUGGGCUAGAUGGAAAGCCAGGAGCCCCUGGCCCCCCUGGGCUGCAUGGUGCUGCAGGCAAAGCUGGGGACCCAGGGAGAGAUGGGCUUCCUGGCCUCCGAGGAGAACAGGGCCCCCCUGGGCCCCUUGGGCCCCCUGGAGCACCGGGAAAGGCAGGCGAGGAUGGAAAACCUGGCCUGAAUGGGAAAAAUGGAGAACCUGGGGACCCUGGAGAAGAUGGAAGAAAGGGGGAGAAGGGAGAUUCAGGUGCUCCUGGGAGAGAAGGUCACGAUGGCCCCAAGGGUGAGCAUGGAGCUCCCGGUAGCCCUGGAGUCCCGGGCCCUCCAGGUCUCCCAGGGCAGGUUGGCCCUCCUGGCCAAGGUUUUCCUGGUGUUCCAGGAAGUGUGGGGCCCAAGGGUGACCGUGGGGAGACUGGAUCCAAAGGGGAACAGGGCCUCCCUGGAGAGCGCGGUCUGAGAGGAGAACCUGGGAGCAUGGUGAAUGCGGAGCGGUUGCUGGAAACUAUUGGUAUCAAGGCAUCUUCCCUGAGGGAAAUCAUGCAGACUUGGGAUGAGAGCUCUGGCAGCUUUCUGCCUGUGCCCGAACGGAGUCGCGGCCCCAAGGGGGACCCGGGAGAGCGGGGUCCCCCAGGCAAGGAGGGCUCCAUCGGCUUUCCUGGAGAACGUGGGCUGAAGGGAGAUCGUGGAGACCCUGGCCCCCAGGGGCCUCCUGGCCUUGCCCUUGGGGAGAGGGGCCCCCCUGGACCUGCUGGCCUUGCUGGAGAGCCUGGAAAGCCUGGCAUUCCUGGGCUCCCAGGCAGGGCUGGGGGUACAGGAGAGGCAGGAAGACCAGGAGAGAGGGGAGAACGGGGAGAGAAAGGAGAACGUGGAGACCAAGGUAGAGAUGGCCUUCCUGGCCCCCCUGGACCUCCUGGCCCUCCUGGCCCAAAGGUGGCCCUAGAUGGGCCAGGUUCUGGACUCUUUGGAGAACAAGGAGCCCCUGGACUCAAGGGUGCUAAGGGAGAACCAGGCAGUGAUGGUGACCAAGGCCCCAAAGGAGACAGGGGUGUGCCAGGCAUCAAGGGAGACCGGGGAGAGCCUGGCCAGAGAGGUCAUGAUGGCAAUCCGGGUCUACCAGGAGAACGUGGUGUGGCUGGGCUUGAAGGGAAGCCGGGUCUGCAGGGUCCAAGGGGGGCCCCUGGCCCUGUGGGUGGCCAUGGAGACCCUGGACCACCCGGUGCUCCAGGUCUUGCUGGCCCUGCAGGACCCCAGGGACCUUCUGGCCUGAAGGGGGAGCCUGGAGAGACAGGACCCCCAGGACGGGGCCUACCUGGACCUACUGGAGCUGUGGGACUUCCUGGCCCCCCUGGCCCUUCAGGCCUUGUGGGUCCGCAGGGGUCACCAGGUUUGCCUGGACAAGUGGGGGAGACAGGGAAACCAGGAGCUCCAGGUCGUGAUGGUGCCAGUGGAAAGGAUGGAGACAGAGGAGGCCCUGGUGUGCCAGGGUCACCAGGUCUGCCUGGUCCUGUUGGACCUAAAGGAGAACCUGGACCCAUUGGAGCCCCUGGACAGGUAGUGGUUGGGCCCCCUGGAGCAAAGGGAGAGAAGGGAGCUCCAGGAGGCCUUGCUGGAGACCUGCUGGGUGAGCCGGGGGCCAAAGGUGACCGAGGACUGCCAGGGCCACGGGGUGAGAAAGGUGAAGCCGGCCGUGCAGGCGAGCCUGGAGACCCUGGGGAAGAUGGUCAAAAAGGGGCUCCAGGACUCAAAGGUCACAAGGGUGAUCCAGGAGUUGGGGUCCAAGGCCCCCCUGGGCCAACUGGUCCUCCAGGUAUAAAGGGAGAAUUGGGCCCCCCUGGCCCCCCUGGUGCUCCUGGUAUUGUCGGGUUCCCUGGUCAGACAGGUCCUAGAGGAGAAAUGGGCCAGCCAGGCCCUGGUGGAGAGCGGAGGGAGGGGCCAAGGAUCAAGGCUCCGCCCUACAGGCGCAUGUCUCGAGUUAAGGAGGAGGGUGCCCUUUAA